AUGCUUUCUUCUUCUUUCAUCUUUAAAUUCUCAAAUCUCUCCUCAAAUUCAAGAAUCAUUCGCCUUUGUCCUCUCUGUCCCUUGAAACUCUUCUUGCAACUUAUCCCAGCUGUUUUGGUGAUUCACAGCCAUAAUCCUUGUGAAAAUCACAUCGACAUCGAGUUCGAAUGCAAGACAUGGCCUUGUGCCUCUUGGUCUUCUCAUCAAGAUGUCACUGAUCCGAGCCAUUGUUGGAUUGCCUCUAAGUGGUUCGGUUCAACAUCUGAGUUGACCACCUCCCACGAUCAUAAGCCCGCAGCUGGUGAAAAGCUUGAUGAAGCCAUGGAUUUGUAUAACAGUAACUUGGAUUUACUUCAAGUUAAGUUGAAGGAGAAGUUGUCUGGGAAAAGAUUCUUGCUUGUUUUAGAUGACAUUUGGAACGAGAAUUAUAAUGAUUGGACCAUCUUACGGUCUCCGUUUGGAGCAGGGACCCAUAUCAUUGUAACCACUCGUCUUCAAAUUGUUUCAUCUAUUGUGGAUCCGCUCAAAGCUUUUCAUUUGGAUAAACUAUCGGAUGAUGAUUGUUUAUCCAUAUUUACACAGCAUGCAUUAAAAGCAAGAAAUUUCGAUGGACAUCUCCAGUUUAAAGAAAUUGGAGAGAAAAUUGUUAGAAGGUGCAGUGGCUUACCUUUGGCUGCAAAAGCCAUUGGAAGCUUGCUUAGCACUGUUACGUAUCAUGGAAAAUGGGAAAGAAUAUAUGAGAGUGAGAUAUGGAACUUACUAGAAGAGCAGUGUGGCAUAAUUCCAGCUUUGCCAUUAAGCUACCAUCAUCUUCCGUCAUACUUGAAACGAUGUUUUGCAUAUUGCUCCAUACUUCCUAAAGAUUAUGAAUUUGUGGAAGAAGAAAUUAUCUUGUUAUGGAGAGCAGAAGGUCUCUUGCAACAACAGGCUAUGCCUCAAAUUAAAGAUCUCGAAAAUCAAUAUUGUUAA